GACUACACUCAAAGAACAGACCUUAAAACUCUAGUAUAUUAAUACUAGUUUAUAUAUAAAGAACAAAUUUCUUGUUUCUACGUAAAUCGUGAUUUCAAAUAUGGUCGCCGCCUGGUCACAUCACGAGAAGCAUGAUUAUAUAUUAUAACCUCUUUUGAAUCCGAUCCGAUCUUCUCUUGAAAUACACGAUGGUGCAGAGUAGAAUAUUCGCGCGAAAUCGAGCGCUUGGAUAUGUUAGCAAUCAUAUACCUCUGGUUACGAGGUAUAUCCUCAGAAGAAAAGAGCAUUAUAUCGUCACAUGCGUGGGCAAGGAAUUUCAUACUUAUGGAUGUAAACACUUCACUCUACUGAGCGUCUCGGGUAUGCACGCCGAUGAUAUUACCUGCCUGGCUACGGACACAUUUCACGUGUACACGGCUAGCGUGAAUAAUAUUUACGCGUGGCGCAGAGGGACAGAAUUAAAGCAUACCUACGAGGGUCACGAUUGCGCGAUCCAUAUUCUAUUACCGUUCGGUGCCCACUUGCUCUCUGUCGAUGAAAGUAGCACUCUAAAGGUUUGGAAUAUCAAGGAUGAAAGUCUACUGCUGGAACUGAAUUUCAGUAAUAAUGUUUUUAAAAUAACUGCGUUGAUGCAUCCCAAUACUUAUGUAAACAAGAUUCUGCUGGGCAGUGAACAGGGUCAGUUGCAACUAUGGAAUAUCAGACUGACCAAGAUGAUCUAUACAUUCAAAGGGUGGCAAAGUAGUGUGAUGGCAUUGGAGCAAGCACCCGCAAUAGAUGUGGCUGCUAUAGGUUUGAAUAAUGGCCACAUUAUUUUACAUAAUCUUAAAUAUGAUGAGACUGUCUUUGAACUCGUGCAAGAUUGGGGUCCUGUAAUAUCCAUCAGUUUUCGUACAGAUGGUCAUCCUAUCAUGGCGACAGGCAGUCCAGGUGGUCAGAUUGUAUUUUGGAAUCUAGAACAGCGGAUGGUAGAAAGCCAGAUGUGCAAUGCACAUGAUGCCGCUGUCACAGGUUUGAGAUAUAUACCUAACGAGCCUCUGUUGGUUUCGUCCUCACCUGAUAAUUCUUUAAAGUUGUGGAUAUUUGAUGUGGCCGAUGGAGCAGGCAGACUCUUAAGGAUUCGAGAAGGACAUGCUGAACCACCUACAAUUGCUCGAUUUUAUGGAAACGAUGGUAAUUAUAUAUUGACUGCAGGCGGUGAUUCUUCACUUCGGCUAUUUUCCACUGUCACAGAGAUACUUAAUAAAAGCCUAGGUAAAGCUUCGUUUAACAGGAAAGCUUCUAGGAAAAAAGGUCACUCAGUCGAUGAUCCCCUGUUAAUGCCACCAAUAACUGAACUUGCGUCUGAAGUAACGCGAGAGAAAGAAUGGUGCAACAUUGCAGCUACUCAUUCCAGUUUAGGCAUGGUCACUACAUGGUCAUUUCAUUUACAAAAAAUGAGCGAUCUUAAACUACUCCCUGAAAGAUUUAAAAAUAAUUACAAUGCUAUUGCGACCAGCUUAUGUUUAACAAGAUGUGGAAAUUUCGUCGUAAUAGGUUACAAUACAGGACAUGUUGAUAGGUUUAACAUUCAAUCGGGAAUCCAUAGAGCGUCAUAUGGAAAUGAGAAUGGUGCUCAUGUAGGUCCCGUUAAGGGUGUCAUGGUGGAUGAUUUGAAUCAAACUCUUAUUACGGCCGGUAAAGAUGCAACAAUCAAGUUUUGGGAUUUUAAACCUAAAAAAGGUAUGAUUACGGCAAGAACAAUAUUAACACUAGAAGAAUCAGUUGAAUGGAUACGAUGUCACAAUGAGAGUUCUCUUGUGGCAAUAGCUUUGGAAAAUUUUGAUAUUGUAUUGAUGGAUCUGGAUACAAGAAAAAUAGUUCGACAUUUUCAAGGACAUAAGGGACGAGUAACAGACGCAUGUUUCAAUCCUGAUUCUAGAUGGUUAAUUACAGCAUCUAUGGAUUGUACAAUCCGUACUUGGGAUAUACCAUCUUCACACUUAAUAGAUAUCUUUCAGGUUCCCGAAGCUUGUAUAUCUUUAAGUUUUUCUCCAACGGCAGAAUUUCUUGCAACCGCACACAUAUAUAACAUAGGAAUCUUCUUAUGGUCGAAUCGUAUGCUUUAUUCACAUAUUUCGCUGAAAGCUAUUAACAAAGACGACAUGAUACCCGAAGUAGGACUUCCCGGGUCUUUUGUAGAAACCGAAAAAGUUGACGAAGAUGAUGUUGCAGCCGAAGAACCAGAUUACAUAUCUCCUGAUCAACUUGACAGCGAUUUAAUAACUAUGUCUGCUGUGGCUCAAUCGAGAUGGCAAAAUUUACUCGACAUUGAUAUUAUUAAAAAAAGAAACAAGCCAACGCAACCACCCAAGGCCCCCGAAACUGCGCCAUUCUUCUUGCCUACGAUUUCCUCAUUGCAAUUGCGUUUUGAUUUCUCGGAUGUUAAAAUUAACGAAAACACUGAAACUAUUCGUGUUCAUCCAGCCGUACAAAAUCUUACUUCGUUCAACAAGAACUUACAAUCAGUUACCGAUGAUUUUUCGGAUGUGAUAGAAAAAUUAAAGACAAUGGGUCCUAGUAGCAUCGAUUUUGAGAUUCAAUCAUUAUCUCUGGAUGAGACUUCUACCGAAUUAUCGAUGCUGCAGUUUAUGAAAAUGCUUCAUCACAUGAUGGAACGACAGACAGAUUUUGAAUUAUCACAAGCAUAUUUAGCAGUGUUCUUAAAAUGGCAUGGUACAGCGAUAUCAGAGAAUGAAAUAUUACAUAAUUAUUUACAAAAAAUCCAAGAGAUACAAAUGAGAAAUUGGUUUACAUUACGUGAGAAAUUAUUUUACAAUUUAAGUGUUGUACAAAGCUUAAAAAAAAUGUAAAGUAGAUGAAGUA